AGAUUAUAUCUUAUUUACUUUUUUGUUGUUGUUUACUGGUAGGAAAGACUUAACGUACAUUCACACAAUAGAAUGAUUUAGUUAUCUGUUAACUCUGAAAUUUUAUGUGUAACAAAGAUAAGAUGUAUAAAAAGCAAAGAAGACCAUAAAGAAGUGUUGUAUGCUAUCAGAUUUUAUGGAUUUGCAGUGGAAAACUUUAUGAUAAGCCAACAACCCAUUGGUUUGGUUUAGUUUACAAUAUUUUCAUGUUUGUAUGCCAUAAGGUGGUGGUUGGUUGUAGUUGUUGAAGACCUGAACAUUUGGUAGAAGUGAUUUUUACUGUCUCAAAUUCAAUAAACUUUCCUCUGAAGAUAAUCACAGGUUUCUGGGUCUGUUGGAAAGCUCUCCUGGUAAUCCGCGUGUAAUCAUGAUAAUCCAUGUAUGUUAGGUGAGUUUUCAGCAGAAUCUAAAACUCAGGGUGCUUCAAGGUGGGCAGGUAUAACUCCUACAAGUUAAGGCUGAUGACAUCAACUAAUUCAUUAAAACCUUAAACCUGAUUAUCCAUACACGUAAAGACCCAAUUUAACUGUAUUGAAAUUCUAUGCAUGCCAGGACCAUGUAUAAUGCAAUUUUGAAAGGUCAUGGAUUGGUUACAGUGAGUCACUGCCAGUGGAUUCAGGCACACAUAGCUGUCUGCCUGCCUGGAUGUAUGUAGGACAUAGUGGGUGGGAGUUUGAUUUGGGAUGCUAGGAAGUGAACAUGCUCACACCCUUGGUAUGCGGAUUUACAUCAUGUGGGCAUUGGAGGCACUAUUUUAAGGUGGAUCUGAUCAAACUCGUUUGCUGACAAGAUAACCUUGCUGUUGAAAGCUUUUUUAUAGCUGUACAUUAGUUGUAUAUUUGUAUAUAACAGCAGUGUAUUGAUUGCAGUCAAUUCCUAGUAAGAGGUAUUUAUAACAGAAUUUGCAGGAGUUGGCAAACUCCUAAGAACCACCAUCAGCAUGAGUAACAAUACAACCUGCCCUGAUUACACUGUGUACAAGUGUUAUGAUUAUGGACUAAUAUUGCCCCUCACUAAUGAAUCAACAUGGAGCAUAGGAUUCCGUGCAUUUAUCUACUUACUUGGACUUCUUUGGUGCUUCCUUGGAGUGUCCAUCAUAGCAGACUAUUUUAUGUGUGCUAUUGAAAAAAUUACGAGCAAAACGAGAAAAAUCAAAGUAGCAAAACAGAACACAGGUGAUGAAAAUGAUUAUGAAGAAAUUGAAGUCCGAGUUUGGAACGAUACAGUUGCUAAUCUCACUCUCAUGGCCCUGGGCUCCAGUGCACCCGAGAUCCUGCUGUCUGUAUAUGGUAUCAUAAAGAACAGAUUUGAAGCGGAAGCUUUAGGACCGAGUACAAUUGUGGGAUCUGCUGCUUUCAAUCUUUUGUGUAUUAUCGCUGUUUGUAUUAUGGCUAUUCCAUCACCUGAGGUCCGACAGAUCAAAAGUGUCAAGGUGUUUGCCAUAACAUCAUUUACCAGUAUAUUUGCCUACGUCUGGUUGAUCAUCAUACUUGUUGGAAUCACCCCAAAUGUUGUGGACCUUUGGGAGGCCGUCAUCACCUUCCUCUUCUUCCCCAUAUUGGUUAUCGUAGCUUAUAUCGCUGACAAGGACUUCUGUACCAAGAAACAAGUGGAUGACAACAAGAUAGAACUGGGAUUUGGUCUUCGUAAAUUAAAAAAAGGCGUUAAGUAUGUCUUUAAUAGAGAUGAGAAAGAACACCAUUCUUUGGAGGAUGGAGAUGUGGAUAAGGAAGCCCUGGCAGAAUUUCUGAAGGAAAUUGGUAAGCACCCCGACUUGUCUGAGGAGGAAAUGGCGAAGUUGGCAGCUCUAAAAUAUCAAGAAAAUGUGCCUCAUAAUCGUGCUUGGUAUCGUAUAAAUGCCACCCGUGGAUUGACCGGAGGAAACAAGUUGGUGCCCACUAUGAAGAAAGAUCUGCAGGAUAUCUAUGAGGCAGCCAAGCACCAUGAGCCAGAAAAAGAUCGACUGGCAUCCCAGGGGAGCCUGACUGACCUCAGUGAGAAGGGUACUAGGGCCGUCAUUGAAUUCACGGCCACCUCAUGUGCUGUACUGGAGAACGAAAAGCGUGUGAGGAUUGGUAUCAGACGAAGUGGGAAAUUGGACUCAAAAGUGAUCUUCAGGGUUGAAACCAUAGAUGGCACAGCAGAGGCUACUAAAGAUUACAUCCCCGUCAAAACUUCCAUGGUAUUUGAACCCAAUGAGACGUCCAAGUACAUUGACAUAGAAAUCAUUGAUGAUAAUGAGUGGGAACCAGAUGAAACUUUCUUUGUGAGACUUUCUCUUGAUGCAGACCAAAAUGCAGUCAUUGGGAAAAAAUCCAUUAACCAAGUGACUAUCAUUAAUGAUGAUGAGCCUGGUACCAUUCAGUUUGCAAAACCCAGCUUCCUGUUCAAGGAGAGUGCUGGGAAGGCUAUGAUCCCUGUCCAGCGAAUUCAUGGAGCAGACGGAAAGGUCAACAUCACCUGGAGGACAGAAGACAUGGAUGCCAAGAGCGGGAAAGAUUUCGAAGGAGGUGAAGGUAUUCUCACAUUUGAGCAUGGGGAAGUGACCAAGAUGCUGGAAAUUACUGUAUAUGAUGACCAGGAAAUGGAAAAAGAUGAAAGCUUUAAGGUGGAAUUAUUUGACCCUACUGGAGGAGCACAGCUAGGAAGGAUCAAGAAAACCAUUAUCACUCUUGUCAACGACGAUGAAUUCAAUGGUAUGGUGAGCAGAGUGGUAGAGCUGACCAACCUGAACAUUGAUUCCCUGCGUGUAGAGACAGAGACCUGGGCAGAACAAUUCCAGAAUGCCAUGAAUGUCAACGGAGGAGAUAUCGAAAAUGCGACAUCUUUUGAUUAUUUAAUGCAUUUCUUGUCUUUUGGGUUUAAGAUUAUCUUUGCAAUAGUAGCCCCAGUGAGUAUAGCUGGUGGAUUCCUAGCCUUCUUCAUGGCUUUAGCCAUGAUUGGAAUUGUCACGAUCAUUGUCAGUGAUUUGGCAAGUAUUUUUGGUUGUCUGUGCAGCAUGCCAGAAGAAAUUGUUGCCAUCACCUUCGUUGCCUUGGGAACUAGUCUCCCAGAUCUGUUUGCCAGCAAACAAGCAGCAGCCCAAGAAAAGCAUGCAGACAAUGCUAUAGGAAAUGUUACUGGGAGUAACUCAGUUAAUGUUUUCCUUGGAUUGGGACUUCCUUGGUUAAUUGCUGCAAUCUACCAUACAGCCAAUAAUGGGUCAUUUCAAGUACAAGCUGGGAACCUUGUCUUCAGUGUCAUCAUCUACACAAUUUGCGCCACACUCUGUAUUGGACUAAUUCUUAUCAGGAGGUUCUUGAAGUUUUUCAAUAAUGGAGAACUUGGCGGGCCUGCUGGCCCUAAAAUGGCCAGUGGAAUCUUUUUGAUUUUCUUGUGGUUCUUCUACAUAACAAUGUCCAUCUUACAAACGACUAAAGUAAUUAGAGUGAACCUUUAAUUAUUGAUUAAUAUUAAAUAACUUGACUUUUAAUUCAAAAUUAUUAAUUUUAAAAUAAAAAGGCCAUAAGACAAAUAUGCCAGUAAGUGUAAUGAGCUAGUAGAUAAUAUUAGAAAACAAUUAUAGUGUCAAUAGACAGAUCUAUAGCAACUUAUGCUAAAUUUAAGUUGUUGUGAAGCCAGUGAAAUGUUGUUUUUGCUGUGAAAAUCUCUUGAAUCAAACCUCAUUGGCAGAUAAAAUAGUUUAGACUUGUAAUAUAAUACUGUUACCUUAGCCACGUAUAGGGAUCUCACUUUAAGGGUUCAUUGCAUUACCUCUGCCAAUCUUAAGAGUUGGAAAGUUAACAGGCCAACUCAAAAAAUUAUGAAUGGAUUUUGAUGAAAUUUUCAAGAGGCCAGAAAUGGGUUUAAAAUCGAUUAGAUUUUGGUGGUGAUCCAGGAGUUAAUCAAUUAUGGUGGGGAUUUGCGCUCUGUGAGUGUUUUCUAGUUAUUACUGCUUUACUUACCAAAACACACGGGUCAGGCGUGGAGCCUGUAGAACUAAAUUGUAUAUACCUGUGGUCCAGAUUUCUAAUUUUUUUAUAUAUAGCUGUUACUGCAUAUUUUAGUAUUUUGCAAAUUUAUCUAUAUAUAUAUAUUAAGGGCUGCUUGCAAUUAAAAAGGGGAUGAUAUGAAGGCUUUUACUCUCCCAUUUCAAACUGUUUGCAGCAUUAUUUGGUGAUAGCUCUUUCCACAGCUUUUUUGAUACUGCUUAUAAUAGUAAUCCAGUUUUAAUGUUAUAUUAUACAUAAUUUAGCAGUUAAAGCUGGCCAGAUACUUAAUAAUUUAAAGAUGUUGUGACUACAAAUUUUACAGUACUGUAGUAUAAGGUACACAAAAUUGACGCAUUCUGUUUGUUUAAACACACUGCAGCCUGUGAUAUUGGAAACUUAAAAAAUAAGUGGUGCUUGUGACCGGACAAGUUCAAUUUUUUUUCUUUUUUUUUUUCACAAACAAGAUACAAUGUUUACAUUGUUGAUUUAUCAUUUCUUCUGAAUUGACAAUGGGGAAAAAUCAUCUCUUAUGUUUUCAGUGUAUACCAUUCGCAAUUUACACUUUUUUAUUUUAUGGUGUAUGUAUUUUUUUAUUAAUAUAAAGUUAUCCUGUUCUCUCUAGUCCAUUCAUUACUCAAAUCCAUUCAUAUUAAGAUUAAUAUUUUGAAUCAGCAAACAAAUAUUAUGCAUGCAAAUACUAACUCUAAAGGUUUCUAAUUAUGUUUUCCAGUUAAUUUCACGAAGCAUCAGUUUGACUCGGGUGUUAAGCUUUUUUUUCUCAAAUAUUCUAGAAUGAAUUAUAUUAUUCGGGCUACAUUAUAGAUUUCAUUAGUGUAACUUUUUGGCAAUACUGCUGUGUCUAUUGACUUUUUUGUUUCGUUUAUGCAAAUGAAUUGUUUGUGUGAAACUUCAUAAUUUUAAUCAUAAAACAUGGCAUUGUGUAUAAUAUGUGGCAUACAUUCAAGAUCAGAAUGAUUUCUCUCACCAAGCCAGUUUAUUUUGAUCAAAUGUUUUUGCUACCUAUUGGAAAUUAUUUUACCUAAUUACUUCUUAGUAAACAAAACUGACCUUAAUGGGGAAGUUAAAUAAGUUCAAGAUAAAAUUAACAAAUUAACACAUAUUACAAAAUGACCCAAUAACAAGUUUUCUUAGAAUUAACCGAUUUUAUUGUUUAACAAUUGUUAUGGCACUUAGCGUUUUCCUUGCCAAAUGUGAAACUUGAAAUUCUGGCUGAUCACAAUUAAAGCAAUGAUACCAUAAGUUAAGAAUGUUUGAGAUGAAAGGUUUUCAUCAGGAUAGAGAACUCGCCAGUCCUUCGUAACCACCGAAUGUACAACAUGAGGCUACCAGGGAUAACAUGAUACAAGUGCCACAGUCUGACUGUUUGCUUCUCUGAACCUGUAAAUCAAUUGUACAUAUUUGAAAUAAACUAAUUUUUGAAAUUACAUAAAUGCUUGUAUUCAGUUACACAUUUCUUGUGCUGAAUAGCUUGGUAACUGAUUACAAAUGUUCCCAUCAAGAAAAAAAAACCUUGAGACUGGAAAUAAGUCACUCAGCAUAAUAUGGUGCUAAGAUGAUAAAAGGGCAGUGCAACUUAAUGAAAAUACUGAUGACAAAUUACUAUAAAGUGUGGUUACUGUGAACUUUUGACAUUGCACCAUGUUACUAAAUGUUUUUGGAACACUAG